UUUAAUUGUGGAACAGUAUACUCUGUGCUUAGACAAGAUGAAAUCGUUUGUUGUAUUCUGUAUCGUGUUCGUGGUUGGGGUUUGCGCUACCGAAAAAGGCAACAAAAUCGCGAGUGAAUGCAUCAAGGAAUCCGGCGUUAAAUCCGAUGUCCUAGCUGAAGCGAAGAAAGGCAACCUUGGUGAUGACCCAGCAUUCAAAGAAUUCACUUACUGUUUCUUCAAAAAAGUGGGCAUUGUCGGUGAAGACGGCAAAUUAAAUAGAGAUGUAGCCAUUGCGAAAUUACCAUCUGGUGUUGACAAAGCUGAGGCAGAAAAGCUACUGGACUCCUGCAAAUCUAAGACUGGAAAAGAUGCCGUGGAGACAGUUUAUGAAAUCUUCAAGUGCUAUCAACAUGGAACUAAAUCACACAUUAUGUUCGCUUCGUAAGCUAAAAGGGGUCUAAUGUCCAUUCUCACCAACUUCUAAAUUAAAUACUAGCUAGGAAAGGUAAUAUUUUGGCGUUGGCCAACUUAUAAAUAACACCUAUAGUUGGUUUAGGUGUUUCCUUUACGUUAAGUAACUCUUAGUUAAAGAGUUGGUUGGUGAAAUGGCCAUUAAUCUUUCAAUACUUUAGUUUUUAUACUCCGAAUGACCCCCGUCAGCAAAGUUUUGACCUCAAAAUGACCCCAUUGUUAAGUUUCUGUUUUACAAUUUUGUCUCUAGAUUUUUCAGUUAUGUUUAUAUUUAUAACAGUUUUAUGGCUCAUUUGUGUUUUAUGCAUACUUAGUUAUAAUUGUGAUAAUGAUUUAAAAACAAAAAAGAUAAUGUGGAUAGAAUUUCAGAUGCGAUAAUUUGCCGCAUCUGAUGUUUCAGAAAUGUUCAACGCGUUAGUAUACUUUAGGUAAUCAGAAAAUGUGAUUAAAAAUAGAAUACAUAUUUUUUAGUAUCAUUAAAUACCUACUGAACACUAGAAAAAUA